CAGCAUGUAAUCAAAGAACGCGAGGGACCUUUGCCAGCGCUACGUGCCGCCUCCUUAACCCCUGUUUGGUCGGCAUGCGAGGCGGCAUCGUGUCUGGAGACUCCUGCUUUGCUGACCGAAGCUCAAAUCCAGGAUUAAUAAGUACAAAAAACCUCACCUCAGAAAGCAGUGGUUUCUCAGCAUGGAGUUCCAGUACUCCCUGCUUCAAGAAGACUGCAGUCCCAGUAAAAUCGCAUGGACCAGCAUCUGCACUUCGGACACGUACACCACAAACAGAGAAUCCAGUGACCACCACAUCCACUCUGUCCUCUGUUCCGGCUGCCUCCAUAAUUGUUGCUAUAGUAGAAGGACGUGGUCUUGCCCGAGGAGAGAUAGGGAUGGCAUGUAUUGACUUGAAGAAUCCAGAACUGAUGCUCUUCCAAUUUGCAGACACUGGAACUUAUGCUAAAGUUGUAACAAAACUUCACAUCUUAAGUCCAUUGGAAAUAUUAAUGCCAGAUACAGCAAGUGAUAAAGGCAAAGGGUCAAAGCUAUUUGGUUUGAUUGUAGAAAACUUCAAGAACAUAGCUUUCACUGCAGUUCAGAGGAAAUACUUCAGUGAGGGAAAAGGCUUGGAAUAUAUUCAGCAUCUUUGUGCCCCAGAAUUCAGCACAGUAAUAAUGGAAGUUCAAGCUAAAUACUAUUGCCUAUCUGCUGUUGCAGCUCUAUUAAAAUAUAUUGAGUUUAUGCAAAAGUCUGUGUAUGCUCCCAAAUCACUAAAAGUGAUUUUUAGAGGCAGUGAGCAAACAACAAUGAUUGACUCCACAUCAGCCAGGAAUUUGGAACUUGUGGUUAAUAACAAGGACCCCCGGAGUGAACACACAUUGUUGGGAGUGCUUAAUUACACAAAGACGCCUGGUGGUGGCCGCAGAUUACGGUCUAACAUCUUGGAGCCUUUAUAUGACAUUGACACCAUUAACACUCGCCUGGACAGUUUACAAGAACUGCUACAGGAUGAAGAACUCUUCUUUGGUAUGAAAGCAGUAAUUGGACGUUUUCUGGACACAGACCAGCUGCUCUCUGUUUUGGUACAGAUUCCUAAGCAGGAAACAGUACAGGUAGCAGAAACAAAAAUAACACACGUGAUUCACUUAAAGCACACAUUGGAAUUAGUAUCACCAUUAAAGAUGAUGCUGAAAAAUUGCCAGACUCCCCUGCUGCAAGCUUAUGGAAGAUCAUUAGAAGAUGAUAGAUUUAAUACCAUCUUGGAGCAGAUUAAAACUGUCAUCAAUGAUGAAACAUGUUAUAUGAAGGGGAGUCUGAACAUGAGAACUCAAAAGUGUUAUGCAGUUCGUCCAAACAUCAAUGAAUUUCUUGAUAUUUCUCGUCGUGUCUACACUGAAAUUGUUGAUGAUAUUGCAGGCAUGGUGACAAAACUGGGAGAGAAAUAUGGCUUACCUUUGCGAACUAGCUUUAGCACAACUCGCAGAUUUUUCAUUCAAAUGAAGCUCGAUGCAGGUGGAUUACAGGGUGGACAAUUCCCUAUUGAAUUUAUUAAGGUAACUAGAUUUAAGAAUAAUUACUGCUUUACCACAAUAGAUCUGAUUAAGCUCAAUGACAGAUGUGAUGAGGCACUCAAAGAGAUUUUUCAUAUGUCUUAUGUGGUUGUUUGCCAGUUACUGUCUCUAGUUCAUGAACAUGUGCAUUGCUUAUACAAGCUGUCCGAUACUGUCUCCAUGCUUGACAUGCUGCUGUCCCUGGCACAUGCUUGCACUGUAUCUGACUAUGUACGACCAGAAUUCACAGAUACAUUAGCCAUCAAAGAAGGCAGGCACCCAAUACUGGAGAGAAUUUCAAGCCAGCAGCCUGUUUCCAACAGCACAUAUAUCUUUGAGGGCAGUAACUUCACUCUGAUUACAGGACCCAACAUGAGUGGAAAAUCUACAUACCUUAAGCAAGUGGUGCUUUGCCAAAUUAUGGCUCAAAUAGGUGCAUUUGUUCCUGCAGAAUAUGCAUCUUUUCGGAUUGCAGAUCAGAUUUUUACAAGGAUUGGCAUAGAUGAUGACUUUGAAACUAGUUCAUCCACCUUUAUGGUUGAAAUGAAGGAGAUAACCUACAUUAUUCGUAAUGCCACUGACCAGUCCCUCAUCAUUAUAGAUGAGCUUGGAAGAGGUACAAAUGCAGAGGAAGGCACUGGUAUUUGUCAUGCAGUCUGUGAGUUUCUGCUUAGUCUGAAGGCUUUCACUCUGUUUGCAACACACUUUCUGGAAAUCUGCCAGCUACAGACACUGUACCCGAAUGUGGAGAAUUACCAUAUGGAGGUGCACCACACGUGCAGUGCUGCUGGUAAUUCAGAGAAAAUCACAUAUAGUUACCUUCUAAAAAAGGGAAGAUCUGAAGAGAGAAAUUAUGGACUCAAGGCUGCUAAUGUUAGUGCACUUCCACAAUCCAUUAUUGAGGAAGCAAAGAAUAUUACAUUCCACAUCAAUAAGCAGCUUUGGGAACAGCAACAUAGUGACCCUGAAGCUAAAAAAGAAAGGGCUAUGUACCAUCUGGCAAUGAGGCUCCAUCAGGCGGCCAAAAACUCUCAACUAGAAUCAGAUAAUCUUAGGAUGUUUCUUAAAGGCCUCAAAAGAUACUAUAUAGCAGAACUGUGUACUGUUGAAGGGGCUGCAUCCUUGAAUACAGAGAAAACUGCAGCUAGUUUAACUGAUGAGUAAAGACAAACAUAGUGAACUAUAGCUUAUUAACCACACUCUUAG